AUGAACGUCGACGUCGAUACUGAUUUCCUCGACCUUGACCUCGAGCAUAUCACUCUGGACGAGGUGGAGAAGCUGAGCGAACGCCAGAUAACAAUACUCCUUGCGCGAAAGGUGAAGGAGUACGAAGCAGCGGAAAGACCCUUGCCUUUCCGCUUCAGAGGGCUGAUGGGACAGGCCAAUCCAUGCGACAACUGCAUGGAGUACAUUAAACCCAACAAGACGCCCAAACUGUGUAGUGGAUGUAAGGCUGUGACGUACUGCAGUCGACAAUGUCAAGUAACAGCUUGGAAAGGAUACAGAAUGGGCAUGCGACCUCACAAAGUUCUGUGUGAUGACAAUAAGCGUCAUAUGCAGCGCCUUCCCCGUGUCUCGGCUGUACUCAAGCAGUUCCCUUGGGGUCGAGUAGAAGAGAACGGGACGUUCAAUCUCAAGGUCGCCAAAGCCCGCUUUGGCGUCUACGGCAGCACUGGCUUUGGAUUCUGGAGCCACAGCAUCGGGGAGAACCCGCACCAGGAUAUGCGAUACACGUUCUUUCAGCGGCCUGGCGAAACCUUCGAGGAUCACGAUAAUGGAUACGACCUGCUGCAUCUACCGUUCCAUCUCACAGAUAGGCAGGGAUGGGGUCUCGACGAGGACCUGAUCCCGUACCGCGAUCUGGAGUCUAUCAGUCGCGAGAAGUGGCCUGUCUUGAUUACGGAGUUCGCGGGCGGAGUGAAGGAUUGGGCAUCAUGGUAUCGUUGGCGGAAGCUGCCGCUCGAGUCGCCCGCUGCUCUUUUGAUGGACUACCCAUUGACUACCUACCAUCUGCUUACGCACACCCUGAGCCUCACGAGCACCACGGCUGGAAGCGCGACCGGUCGCAUAUCGCUGGAUGUACACAUGCUCGGCGCGGAGAUCGAGCUCAACUUCAUGCCUCUCUACUCUGAGCUGGCACUGCUCCUCCCUUACCACGACAUCACUAUAUCCGUCUUCGGCUACGGUGUGUACGAACUCGCACGCCAAGCAACAUCCUUGAAAGCUCUGCCCCACUCGCCAGCCGGUCGCGCUUUCGCUUCCCCAGACACGCCUCUCUUCGAAUACAAAGCUUUAGACGAGCUGGGCGGUAGCACCCUGAAAAUCUUCCUUCGUGGCGAAUCCGAUGUGUGGUCUUGGGAAGCCGUCCGGAAGGAACAGCGGCCCGACGCCCUCAUCGCGCACGACGCCGGAUUGUGCGUGUAUCCCGGUUGGGCGCCCGUCAUCAAGGAUGCACACAGGCUGAGGAUACCCUUCGCGGUGACUGAUUACGCGGAGCAAAGUGCCGAGUUCGAAGUCAGGACUUCGAUCCCUGCACGGCUCUACCCGCAGGUGCCGGUGUACGGUCCCAACGCCAUCGAGCUCAACCCGUUCCACAAGCCAGGGCAACGGGCGAGCCGUGUUCGGCUUCCUAACAUCUAUACAGUCCAUCACCAUCCCGUUAUACAUGGGGACCAGAUUAUACGGACAUUUAUUCUUGCUCUCCGCCCCCGCUUAUCGCUGUACACGGGGGAUGAAAAUUAUCUACAAGGCCUCCCGCGUGCUCUCAAUUAA